UCUUUCGCCGCCAUACCAACCAAGGUCUCUCCAGUUUCUCUCCGCUAAUUCAGGUUUACGACGUCGUGUAAAUCAAUAUGAAGAAGCACUACAAACCAAUUCUCUCGCAAUUGGAGAAUUGCAGAUUCAUGGUGGAACUGAAUCAACUCCAUGGGUUGAUGAUCAAGUCCUCAGUUAUCAGAAACGUCAUUCCUCUAAGCCGAGUCAUAGACUUCUGCACUACUUCUCCCGAGACUAUGAAUCUCAGCUACGCUAGAUCAGUUUUCGAAAGUAUUGGUUGUCCAAGCGUGUAUAUAUGGAACUCGAUGAUCAGAGGCUACUCGAACAGUACAAACCCAGAUAAAGCAUUGAUCUUUUACGAAGAAAUGCUUCGAAAAGGGUAUUCUCCGGAUUAUUUCACUUUUCCUUAUGUUCUUAAAGCUUGUUCUGGGUUAAGGGAUGUUCAAUUUGGGAGUUGUGUUCAUGGGUAUGUUGUGAAAACUGGGUUUGGAGUGAAUAUGUAUGUUUCUACUUGCUUGCUUCAUAUGUAUAUGUGUUGUGAAGAAGUGAAUUGUGGUUUGAGGGUUUUUGAGGAUAUCCCAAAGUGGAAUGUUGUUGCUUGGGGAAGUUUGAUUUCUGGGUUUGUGAAUAAUAAUCGGUUUAGCGAGGCUAUUCAAGCGUUUAGGGAUAUGCAGAGUAUUGGUGUGAAGCCAAAUGAGACAAUAAUGGUGGAUCUUUUGGUUGCUUGUGGUAGAUGUAAAGACAUUGCGGCUGGGAAAUGGUUUCAUGGGUUUCUUAAAGAAUUAGGCUUUGAUCCAUGUUGUCAGUCAAAAGGGAUAGGCUUUACUGUGAUAUUGGCUACAAGUCUCAUUGAUAUGUAUGCAAAAUGUGGAGAGCUGAGAACCGCAAGGUAUCUGUUCGAUGGAAUGCCUGAAAGAAACUUGGUUUCUUGGAACACCAUUAUCACAGGGUAUAGUCAGAACGGUGAUGCAGAGGAAGCAAUGCAUAUGUUUUUGGAAUUGCGUUCUGCAGGUUUCGCUCCAGAUAAAGUAACCUUUUUGAGUAUGCUCAGAGCUUCCAUGAUUCAAGGAUGUUCACAGUUGGGACAAACGAUUCAUGCAUAUGUUUCAAAAGCUGGCUUUAUGAAGGAUGCUGCAAUAGUUUGUGCACUUGUGAAUAUGUAUGCUAAAACAGGUGAAGCUGAGAGCGCAAAGCAAGCGUUUGAAGAUUUGGAGAAGAAAGAUACAAUAGCUUGGACCAUUGUGAUCAUCGGGUUAGCCAGUCAUGGGCACGGGAAUGAAGCAUUGAGUAUAUUCCAGCGAAUGCAAGAUGAAAGUAAUGCUACACCUGAUGGAAUUACAUAUAUUGGGGUUCUAUAUGCUUGCAGCCACAUAGGUCUGGUCGAAGAAGGACGAAGAUACUUUGCGGAAAUGAGAGAUCUUUACGGCAUUGAACCAACUGCUGAACACUAUGGAUGUAUGGUUGAUAUCUUGAGCCGUGCUGGUUAUUUUGAUGAAGCAGAGAGAUUGGUGAAGACUAUGCCAGUACAACCCAAUGCUAAUAUAUGGGGUGCAUUGUUAAAUGGUUGUGAGAUACAUGAAAAUAUAAAUUUCGCAGAUCGGAUAAAAUCCAUGGUUGCUGAAUCAGAAGAACUCGGUAGCGGAAUCUAUGUUCUUCUAUCAAAUAUAUAUGCCAAAGCUGGCAGAUGGACUGAUGUAAGGCUAAUUAGAGAAUCCAUGAAAAGCAAACAGAUAGCUAAACUUUUAGGUCAUAGUUCUGUUGAAAUAAUGUGAUAAUUCAGCUUGCCUCAUUGA